AUGCCUACCAGACUCACCAAAACGAGAAAGCACCGUGGUCACGUCAGUGCCGGUCACGGUCGUGUCGGAAAGCACCGCAAGCAUCCCGGUGGUCGUGGUUUGGCCGGAGGUCAGCACCACCACAGGACCAACAUGGACAAGUACCAUCCUGGUUACUUUGGAAAGGUCGGUAUGCGGUACUUCCACAAGACCCGGAACCUGUUCUGGAAGCCCACCCUCAACCUCGACAAGCUGUGGACCCUCGUCCCCGCUGAGUCGCGCGAGAAGUACCUCACCAAGUCCUGCGGCGAUGUCGCUCCCGUCAUCGACCUUCUCGCUGCCGGUUACGCCAAGCUCCUUGGAAAGGGUCGUCUGCCUGACGUCCCCGUGAUCGUCAAGGCCCGUUACGUUUCGGCGCUUGCGGAGAAGAAGAUCAAGGAGGCUGGAGGCGUGAUUGAGCUGGUUGCUUAA